UCAUACCAUCUGGCAUUCAGGGCAUACAUUCCACAUUUCGGCAUUUUUGACAUCAGUUGAUCAGCUCAACGUGGCUUGGACAAACUGCAGUUUGUAUCGUGCGUGUAUCUGUAUAUGCCAUUAAGAUGCCAUGGGAAACUGGAUUGGGACAGGCAUUGUUUGGCAGGCCUAGCACUGGCCCUAGGUUUCUUGUGCCAAUGCUUGGCGGGUACAAAGAGUUUUUUUCACCCGGCACCGCUGACAGUAGUGUGACAAUGGAGCAGUGGACUCGGCAGCUCCCAUUUCAGAGCAAACGAUUGCAUUAUCCUUUUUAGUCUUGCUGACAGUCAACUGGGCCGGUCACUUUUGAGCAAGGGUGGCACUCUGGUCGAAGCAGCUGAGACAGUCAGGUCGUUUGAGGAUUGCUUUGCAGGCAAAUCGACUGGAAGAGCACCAACGUCGGGUGAAUCUUUUCUCAAGUCAUGGGCCUUCAUGCAGCAUGUGGUUGGUGCUGGACAGCCUGGUGCUGGCACUUUGCUAUCAGGGCGGGUGGCUGGCGCGGCAAAGGCAAUGUUUCUCUGCAAGAGGCCACUGAAGCAAGCGCCGCUGCUCACAACUGACAUCAUUUGGGCAUUAGAGAAUCUUCUUUUUGCUGGAGGUGUGGACAACAAACUCAAGGCAAUCAUUGGUUUCAUGCUGUUUUGCCUUUACUCAUCUUCGAGGUUUGGUGAUGCAUGACGUCGAGGAGGCACCCAAAUGCAGUUGUCACUCUCUGAAAUGCACUGCCAUAUCAUGGGUCACUAAAGCUGGAGUCAUGUCCGUCCACGAGAAGAAGACCACGGGCCUUGGGAAUGUCUCAGAAUAGGGGCGCCCCAAAUUUGGGUGCCCCAAGCCUUCUUCUUCAAAGGAUGAACAUAGAGCUCGGGGGUCCAAAUUUGAGACGUUCCCAGUUUGAACAGCCAACCCUAAAACAUUCAUGUGACGGGAAAGAGUAUAUCCUGACUUUGAUUGAUGCCAGACAACCUAAGCCUUGAGGUGUGGGUAUGUCUUUAUUUGCGAUUGGUUGACCAAUUCAAGUGUGUGCAUGUUGUGCUUGAGGCUCCAAGCCACCCACUGGCUGGGAACAACAACAAUCACUUCAAGAUGUUGCACACGUGCAUCAAGACGAAACUGAAUCGGAUGUGGCCAACGGUUUCUUUUUUGGAAAUCCUUUACGUGCAUUACUUGACACGAACACAGGUUUCAUUUCGAAAGGUUUCCAAUGUGGUGACGAUUUGGCUUUUCCACCAAUCCCUCGUCUGCAUUUCAGCGAUGUCAGGGCUAGAGCCAAAGGCAAGUUUCAAUGAGCGAGCCCUGGAGAUCGGUGCCACCGAAGCCCUUGUCACGUCCUUAACAGGCGCAGGUAUUGACUGCUUUGGCAAGCUUGCAUUUGCAGUUCAGCAAACCCGCAUUCGGGUGAUGGUUCACCUUUGCGAGAAGCUGUGACAGCGCUUCUUGGUGCCGAGCCCUCAGUAGCUGAAAUGAUGGUGCUUCGAAGGCUAUGGUUCGAGGCUAGUGGUUUCGCACUUGCAGAUUUGAAGUCCAAAA